AUCUACACAAGCUUGUUACGCAAUAACAAUGACAACCCAAUGCCACAAAGAUUUACUUCACGUUAAACAACAUUGUGUUCUUCCGGAGGCUAACUUCUUUUCAUCUGGUUGGAAGAAGAAGUCAGGUCAUUGUGGUUUUAUUAGAGAGUGUCACAUUGUAACCCAAUGUUCCACCAAUGGCAUCAGACUUUUCUGAAAUCGAAAGGCCAUUACUUCGAGUAAAAGUUUGCUGCCCUUGCUUGGUCCAUUGCGGGCGUGGUAAAAGAACGUUUUGGUGGUUGCAUAAUCUUUGGCUUGCUGGAGUAUUGGCUGUGUGUAGUAGAGGCAAGCUUUUUCGCUUUUUCUCUUGGAUCCCACUCUCUCACUUCAUCAACAGGAGACUGCUGUUACCCCUGAUCUUGUUGUUACCAUCAUUUCUAUCAUCAUCCCAACCAUCCUCCAUUAGUUAGUCUAGCAAGAUGGUGGAAGGAGGUAUCUAUGAGAGCUGCCAAGCCAUUGUUACCCCUGGUGACAUGGACGCCCUCUUGAAGUGUGCUAUUCAACACAUGGAAGCAGCCCAAGCCACGACUGUCACGAACGUGACCAGCUACCUGCUUAUCAUCAGUGGUGCUCUGGUCUUCUUUAUGCAAGCUGGGUUUGCCAUGCUCUGUGCUGGGAGUGUUCGAAAGAAGAAUACCCAAAACUCGAUGCUCAAGAAUCUUUUGGAUGCCUGUGGAGCCGCCAUAGCGUACUUCUGUGUGGGGUAUGGCUUUGCUUUUGGUGGGGACAGUACAGCAACAGGAACAACGUUCAUUGGGACCGAAAAUUUCUUUGGAACAGGGGAUAUCGAUCUACCAGUCUUUUUCUUUCAAUACACUUUUGCUGCUGCCUCUGUCACCAUUGUUGCUGGGGCCCUGGCAGAACGAUGCAAGAUGGCUGCUUAUUUGUGCUACAGUUUCUUCCUUACUGGGUUUGUCUACCCUGUUGCUGUGCAUUCGGUCUGGUCUGUUGCUGGGUUUCUCAGUGCAGGGAACUCAGAACCUCUAUUGGGCAUUGGAAUGGUGGAUUUUGCCGGUUCUGGUGUGGUACACAUGACAGGUGGUACCACUGCCUUGAUUUCCAUGUAUGUGUUGGGAUCUAGGAGAGGUCGCUUCUAUGAUCUUCAAACUGGUGAACCAUUGGAUCAACCCAAGGCUAUGCCAGGGCACAGCGUUUCCCUUCAAAUGCUUGGUAGCUUCAUCUUGUGGUUUGGAUGGUUUGGAUUUAACCCUGGGUCAGCCCUUUUGUUAGGAAAUGACAAUCCCUACCAAGCAGACGUUGCGGCUUUGUGCGCCGUAAACACGUUCCUGUCUUCGUCCACCUCCUGUAUCAGUGCCCUAUUUUACAAAGUAAUUGUGAGCAAAACAAGGACAGGUGAAGCUUCCUUCGAUUUGAUCGCAGCCAUGAACGGAACCUUGGCCGGAUUGGUAGCGAUUACGGCCGGAUGCGCCACAAUGGAACCUUGGGCAGCGAUCGUUACGGGAGCGAUUUCCGGUCUAUUGUACCUUUGGUCGUCUGGUAUUUUGAUCCAGCUCAAAUUGGACGAUGUUGUCGAUGCUGUUCCGGUUCAUCUCGUCAGUGGACUCUGGGGUGUCCUCGUUACAGGACUCUUGUCAGAACCUGAGCUCAUGCGUCAGGCCUACGGUACCGCGAUGCACCCCGGCUUCUUUUACUCGCUCAGCCGAGGGUCAGCCGAUGCUAACUUGCUGGGAUGCCAAGUUAUCGGCUCACUAUUUAUCAUGGGCUGGAGUGUGGGCACUAUGCUUCCCUUUUUUUUUACUUUGAAUUACUUUGGCAUGCUGCGUAGCGAGGCCGUGGAGGAAUUGGUCGGGUUGGACGUCUGUUACAAUGGGGAAGAGAUCUUUGCCACGAGCAAGGCCGGGAGUGACGGCGAAGAUCAAGAGCUUCGUGGGGAAUAUCUGGACGCCUAUCAAGACUACAGGAAGGCCAAGCAACAGGAAGAGGAAGCAAGGAAGAAGAGGUCGAAGGAUCAUUCGAACGAUGGCACCAACGAGGACAGCAGCGAACCUGACGUUAUGUUCGCUCCGGCCUCCGACGACGACGACUCGGAUGGGCCUGCUGAGGACGAUCGUUUUUUUGAUGACCAAACUUCCGUGUAGGUUUUACCUAUACCGGUGCCGGUGCUGGCAUGGUUCCGAGGACAAUGGGUAGCGCUCCUGGAUGAACUUUUGGAUGAUUUUGAUCGAAGUCGCUGUUGCGACUUGCAUUUUGCAUUUUGACAACAUUUUGUACAUUAACGACACUGUUCCCUUUUUUAAAAAUUGAGUUCGUUUUUC